UCAUGGUGUAGAUGAAACUAUCGCCCUGGUUGAUAAUUUCUUUGCAUUCACAAAACUUUUAAAUUGUAAAUUUGCAACUUGAACAUUUGGAACAUGUGGGGUUAAUUGCAGGUGAUGUCACCGGUUCUAAAAAAGGCAGUGGUACAGGACAGGUUUAAAAAAAGCUAAAUGCGUGAACAGUCUGGUCAUUUGUUAGCUGCUUGCUGAGCUAAAGCCAGGAGGAGACAGAAGGUUGAGCUCAUCAGCAAAACCUGGAGCAACAUGCACCUGAGACUGUCUGAAUCUGAUCAACUGGAACGUGUGUUCCUUCGCCUGGGCCAUGCGGAGACCGAUGAUCAGCUACAGGACAUUAUCUCCAAGUUCCUGCCCCCUGUUCUUCUAAAACUCUCCAGUGUUCAGGAGGGCGUGAGAAAGAAAGUGAUGGAGUUGUUGGUCCACCUGAAUAAGAGGAUAAAAAGCAGACCAAAGAUCCAGCUACCAGUAGAAACUUUAUUGGUUCAGUACCAGGACCCUGCAGCCGCUUCCUUUGUUACAAAUUUCACGAUCAUCUACAUUAAAAUGGGCUACCCUCGUCUCGAGGUAGGAAAACAAUGUGAGCUGGCCCCAACCCUCCUCACUGCCAUGGAAGGGAAGCCGCAGCCUCAACAGGACAGCCUCAUGCACCUGCUGAUCCCAACCCUCUACCAUAUGAAGUACCCUGCUGAUCCAUCCAAGAGUGCUUCUUCAUUCAACCUUUCUGAGAGGCCGAAGACGAUUCACCUUCUCAUGGAGUUCAUGUUAGAUGUCUUGCUCAUGCCUUAUGGGUUUGUCCUGAAUGAAUCCCCCACUCGACCUGCGGCGUCCUCCUCCCAGGGAGGUUCAGCUGAUGGGACGGUGGCUGGUAGCAGUCAGGGUCUCCCUCAGCCUCCCCCGGGGAUGAGCGUCUAUGCUGUGAAGAGGGUGAUUGGAGAAGCCCAGUGGAAUGCCGAGCAGCUCGAGCAGUGCAAGCUGGGCAUCGUGAGGUUCAUUGAGGCAAAGCAAGUCCCAGAGUUGGAGACGGUGGUGCAUCUGGUAGUGGCGUCCAGCGACACGCGACACAGCGUGGCCACUGCUGCUGAUCUGGAGCUGAAGAGCAAACAGAGCAUCAUUGACUGGAAUAAUCCUCUAAUUAUCAACAUGAUGUUCCGGGUGUAUCUGGGAGAUGUUCCUCUUAAAACAAAGGGUGGCAGUGUAAAACAAGAACUGAAACAUGAGCCAGUGAGCACAAGAGUCAAACUGAAGAUCCUGCCGCAUCUCCUCCGGUCCCGUCUGGCUGCAGAAUGCUUUCCGGCUAAUAUCCAGGUUGUAUACGACGGCUUGUUCGGAGCAAACACCAACAACAAGCUGCUAUCCCUUACUUUACAGUUCGUCCAUCACAUCUGCAUGGUAUGCCCUGACACGAACAAGCCUUUAGGAUUAAUGCUGCUUAACGGUCUUACCAAACUCAUCAAUGAGUACAAGGAGGAUCCUAAGUUGUUGUGUGUUGCUUACUCUGCUGUUGGGAAGUUGUCAAGUCGCAUGCCGCAGCUUUUCACUAAGGAUAUUGCACUAGUGCAGCAGUUCUUCGAGUCCAUGUGCAAGGAGGAGCCGGAUGUCCGUCUUGCAAUUCAGGAGGCUCUGUCAAUGAUGGUUGGAGCGUAUGCUAACCUUCAAGGAGCACUGCUGAAUCUAAUGGAAGCUCUGGUGGCUGCAUACAUUGUAAAACCGGAGGUGCAAGUCCGUCAGGUGGCCAUGAAGUUUGCCAGCAAGGUGUUUGCUCCUGAUCACGUGCCUUCAAGGUACCUGCUGCUACUGGCUGCUGGAGACCCAAGAGAAGAGGUGUCUUCAGAAGCUCAAAGGGUGCUGAGAGCUUUUCCUGCAAAGAGCUCAGAAAAGGAAGGACCAAAGCCGAUGCCUUCAUUUCCAGACAUGGUCUCCUACAUCCAAGAGAAAGCCGCUCAGAGAAUUAAGACACCAGCUAAAUACAUUGUUGGAACCUCCACUAUUCCUUUUAACCCAUCUGCUUUCGCAGAGAUCAUGCUCUACCUGAGGAUGUGUUUAGCCAACAGUGCCGGGGCCACGCCCAUGUCCACACGCUUGUCAGACAUGCAGGAUGACGCUCCUGCCAUCGGUCGCUACGUCCACACUCUGCUGUCGUCCGAGCCUCAACCGUCCGGGUCAAAGGGCUCCGAGGGAAAUCCUGUAUACAUCUAUAUGGAUCUUCUGCAGCAGCUGCUGUCUGCAGUGGGAGGAAUCCCAGUCAUGUACUGUUUACUGGAAGUGGUGUCAGUGUUUCCAGAAAAACUAGCCCCCAGAUUUGCUGAUAAAAUAGACUGGAUUAGAAGUUUGAUGAACACAAAUAAGGAGGACAUGAGAGAACUGGCAGCUCAGCUGUACGCCGUAGUGAUUUCCACCAUGACAGGAAACGAGCUUCAGGCCGCAGUUCAGAAUCUGGUCAAGAUCACCAAAGACAACCACAGUCCUGAGACUCAGCACGGCGCUAUCUUGGCUCUCGGCUACAUGGUGGGAAGGAACAUGAGCAGAAAGAAAGCCGUCACCUCCUGUGACUCAACACAAAGCAAAGAUCGAGAGAUGAGCAUCACCUCCCAGGAUGAUGAUGAGCUUGUUGCUAUGGCUACUAGGACAAUUGGUUCCUUCCUGGAUAACAGCACUGCGAUGUUGGCCAUCGCAGCCUGCACAGCUCUGGGUGAAAUUGGGCGAAAUGGGACCCUGCUGAUUCCUGCAGAGGGGGAGGGCUUUACUAAACUUUCUAUUGUAGAAAACCUUCUGGCUCGUAUCACUUCAGGCAAGGAGAUCGCAAAGAUGAAGGAAAGAUCCAUAAUGACUUUGGGUUAUCUGCCAGUGGGGGAUGCAGAUUUCUUGCACCAGAAGAAGCUGCUGCAAGGACUCAUGGACUCUGUGGAGGCCAAGCAGGUGGAGCUGCAGUUCACAGUAGGAGAGGCCAUCACCAACGCAGCAAUAGGAACCUGCUCUGGAGCUGCAAGAGACCCGUGGACCUGCACUGAGGACCAGUACAGCCCGCCACACAAUAUUAAAAGCAAUGAUGUGGUUCCUUGGGUCCUCAGCUCGAUCUUGUCCAAAUAUAUUCCCAGCCAGAACCCUCAUGUGAGGCAGGCGGCCUGCAUCUGGCUGCUCUCUCUCGUCAAGAAACUUAGUCAGCACAAAGAAAUCACAUCCCAUUUGAAGGAAAUUCAGAAUGCAUUCAUCUCUGUUCUUUCAGACCCCGACGAGUUGAGUCAGGAUGCAGCAUCUAAAGGCCUUGGGCUUGUUUAUGAGAUGGGAGGUGAGGGUGAUCAGCAGGAGCUGGUGUCCACUCUAGUGGAAACUCUAAUGACUGGCAAAAGGGUGCGUCAUGCAGUCUCAGAGGACACAGAGGUGUUCCAAGGGGAGGGUUUGGGUAAAACGCCUGAUGGUCACGGCCUGUCCACGUACAAGGAGCUGUGCUCAUUGGCCAGUGAUUUGAACCAACCAGAUCUCGUGUACAAAUUCAUGAACCUGGCCAACCACCACGCCAUGUGGAACUCCCGCAAGGGAGCAGCUUUUGGUUUCCACAUGAUCGCAGCCAAGGCAGGAGAGCAGCUGGCUCCUUUCUUGCCUCAGAUAGUGCCUCGUCUGUACCGCUAUCAGUUUGACCCCAACUUGGGCAUCCGCCAGGCCAUGACCAGCAUCUGGGAUGCCUUGGUCACUGAUAAAACCUUGGUGGACAAAUAUUUGAAGGAGAUUUUGCAGGAUGUCAUUUCCAACUUAACCAAUAACGCCUGGAGAGUGAGAGAGUCAAGCUGCUUGGCACUCAACGACUUGAUUCGUGGUCGUCAGGCUGAUGACCUCAUUGAUUAUUUGUCAGAAAUGUGGGAAACACUCUUCAGAGUCCUCGAUGACAUUAAGGAAUCUGUAAGAAAGGCUGCAGACUUAACCCUAAAAACACUCAGUAAGGUGUGCAUUCGUAUGUGUGAGUCUACAGGAGCUGCUGCCCAGAGAACUGUGGCGAUGAUGUUGCCCACCCUGCUGGAAAAAGGCAUCGUUAGCAGUGUCUCUGAGGUCCGCUCGCUCAGUAUUCAGACCCUGGUGAAGAUUAGUAAGUCAGCGGGAGCCAGACUGAAGCCUCACGCUUCCCGGUUGAUCCCAGCCCUGUUGGAGGCCCUUUCCACACUGGAGCCUCAGGUCCUCAACUACCUCAGCCUCAGAGCCACCGAGCAGGAAAAGAGUGCCAUGGAUGCUGCCAGGCUCAGUGCUGCCAAAUCAUCUCCAAUGAUGGAGACCGUCAACAUGUGUCUGCAGCACCUCGAUGUUUCUGUGCUGGGGGAGCUCGUCCCCAGGCUCUGUGAACUGCUGAAGAGUGGAGUCGGCCUGGGCACAAAGGGAGGCUGUGCAAGUGUAAUAGUUUCCCUCACAGUUCAGUGUCCCCAGGACUUAACCCCAUACUCAGGUAAACUGAUGAGUGCCCUGCUGAAUGGUGUUCAUGAUAGAAGCACUGUAGUCCAGAAAGCUUUUGCCUUUGCUUUGGGACACCUCGUCAGGACAGCAAAGGACAGCAGUGUAGAAAAACUACUACUGAAGCUCAGCAACUGGUACUUGGAGAAAGAAGAGCCUGUUUACAAGUCGUCAUGUGCGCUAACGGUGCACGCAGUCAGUCACUACAGUCCAGAUGUGCUGAAGGCUCACGCGGGCGUGGCCCUGCCGCUGGCCUUCCUCGGCAUGCAUCAGGCCCCCGGUCCUGAAGAGGAGAAAGGAGAGAGCCAUGAUGCCACGCUGUUUGCUGAGGUGUGGCAGGAGAAUGUUCCAGGAAGCUUUGGAGGCAUCCGACUCUACAUGACGGAACUGAUCACCAUCACACAAAAAGCACUGCAGUCCCAGUCCUGGAAGAUGAAGGCUCAGGGUGCAGCUGCCAUGGCCACAGUUGCGAAGGAACAGACGGGCUCGUUGGUGGCGCCACACCUCGGCUUGGUGCUGACUGCUUUGAUGCAGGGGCUGUCCGGACGAACGUGGGCCGGCAAGGAGGAGCUGUUGAAAGCCAUCGGAUCAGUGGUGUCAAAAUGCAGCGCUGAGCUACAGAAGCCCUGCAGCGGCCAGCCUACCAUCCCUGAGGUCGGGGAGGUCGUGUUGAAAGAAUGUCGCAAGGAGAAUCUGGUGUACAAGAUGGCCGCUCUGCGCUGUGCUGGAGAUGUGCUCCGCAGCUGCCAGGAGGACCGCUUCAGUGACGUGACUGAGAUCCUUUUCCCUCUGAUCAAAAAGAGCUGCCCAGAGAGUGGCGGAGCAUCUCCCAGGUCUCUGGACAAUGAUGAUGAUUCUGACAAUAAGGAUGUGAAAGAGAAAGAGCUGCAGACUGAAGCGCUGCUUUGUGCUUUUGAGACACUGGGAAAGACCUGGCCCAGAAACCCACAGACCCAAGCACGUUUCCAGUUGGAGGUGUGCAGUCUGAUGUCGGAGAAACUUAAACUGAGCACUUGGAAAGUCCAGGUGGCAGUUCUACAGGCCAUGAAGGCAUAUUUUCAAGAUUUGUUGCUGUUGGAGAAAGGCAGCGAAGACUCCGAUGCACUAUCACAGAUCCUCACAGAGACUUGUGCUGCUCUCACAUAUCCUUUGGAAAAUAAAAGCUACUCCUCUGUGAGAACAGAAGCCUUAUCUGUUGUGGAUCUGAUUGUCAAGAGAACAGGAGAGAGCGAGCGAUGGGACUGCAUGUCGGUGAAGAGCCGGGAGCAGCUGCAGCGCUCCCUGUCCACGCUGCAGUCCGACAGCAAGCCCGACCUGAGGGACAAGGCCCAGGAGCUGCGCAGACACAUCCAAAGCCAACCUUGAGGCUCACAGAAAGACAGAACAGGAGCAGCAUCCGCAUUUAAAAACACCUUUGAUCAGAACAGACCUUUGUCUUAUAACUAAUAUCCAUAAAUAUGCCAGUCUUUGCAUUAAGUAUCUAUAUUGUCUGUGAGUUGUGGUGCAGCCUUGCACAUUAAUCUCCCUCUGGUCGAGCGGAGUGAUUUUCGUCUGACGUAGCUGUUGAGGCUAUUAAUUAAAUUUUCAGUUUGGUUAAAUUUAAUGGACAGUGAGUUAAUGAUGAAAGCUGCAGAAACCAGCGUGUUGGGUUUGUAUUAGCCAAUAGCCCCAAAAUGGGGAUUUUUUUUUUACUACUGUUGUGGAUUUGCCAACUCGUUAUGAAAACAGCAAGUUGUUUGUUUGUAGCUGAGGGUGAAAAACCACAGACCACUGCUGAUUAGUGAUGAAUCAAAAGAAGCCUGACUUUGUCCUGAAGUUUUGUGCCAGAUAAUGAGGACAUCAAUCUGUUUGGGGAGAUGGGGAGAAAAAAGAUCCUGCUGUCAGUUUCAAGUGAUUUUAGAGUUGUUUGAAUUUGUCCUUCAUGAAAUAAAACUUUAUUGAUUUGGA